CGGAGUGGGCGUAGUAAAAAAUGGAAGGAGAUGCUGAAGUUGCCACCUGUUAGUCACUGUGAAGGUAUUAGAUGCUCAAUCGAAAGAGACUAUAACCAGCUUUGUGACAAACAGCCUAUAGGAAGACUUCUCUUCAGACAGUUCUGUGAUUCCAGACCAGAUUUGAAAAGAUGCAUUGAAUUUCUGGAUGCAGUGGCAGAAUAUGAGGUAUCUUCAGAUGAAAAGCGUAUAGACUGUGGCCUGAAAGUUUUAGAGACGUACUUCACUAAUGGGUCUGCAGCACACUUCCCAGAAAUACCUCAGGAAACAGUAAAUGAAUGUAGAGCAAGACUGCGAAACAACCCUUCUAAGGAUCUUUUUAUGGACUGUACUAGAAUUGUCCAUGAGUACCUAAGCAGAAGACCUUUUGAAGCUUACCAAGAAAGUGUGUAUUUUUCCCGGUUUUUACAGUGGAAAUGGCUGGAAAAGCAACCAGUAACCAAACACACAUUUAGGCAUUAUCGAGUACUAGGCAAAGGUGGAUUUGGAGAGGUAUGUGCCUGUCAAGUACGGGCAACAGGAAAAAUGUAUGCUUGUAAAAAGCUAGAAAAAAAGAGGAUAAAGAAGAGGAAAGGAGAAUCAAUGGCCCUAAAUGAAAAAAGAAUUCUAGAAAAAGUGAAUAGUAGGUUUGUAGUUAGCUUAUCCUAUACAUAUGAGACAAAAGAUGCCCUGUGUUUAGUAUUAACCAUAAUGAACGGAGGGGAUUUGAAAUUUCACAUAUAUAACAUGGGAAAUCCUGGCUUCGAUGAAGAAAGGGCUAUAUUCUAUGCUGCAGAAUUGUGCUGUGGUCUGGAGGAUUUGCAGAAGGAGAGAAUUGUUUACAGGGACCUGAAGCCUGAGAAUAUACUUCUUGAUGACUGUGGGCAUAUCAGAAUUUCAGAUCUUGGAUUAGCUGUCCAGAUUCCAGAAGGAGAAACGGUCCGAGGACGGGUUGGGACUGUUGGUUACAUGGCUCCGGAAGUGCUCAAAAAUGAAAAGUAUACGUUCAGCCCGGAUUGGUGGGGUCUUGGGUGCUUGAUUUAUGAAAUGAUUGAAGGACAGUCUCCAUUCAGGAAACAUAAGGAAAGGGUCAAACGAGAUGAGAUUGAUCGGAGAGUAAAGGAAGACCAGGAAACGUAUUCAGACAAGUUCUCAGAGGAGGCAAAAUCCAUCUGCAGGAUGUUACUUGCUAAAAAUCCAGGGGAACGACUGGGUUGCACUGAAGAUGGAGCUGCUAUUGUAAAGCAACAUCCUAUUUUCAAGAAUAUUAACUUCAAGAGGCUGGAAGCUAACAUGUUAGAACCUCCAUUUUUGCCAGAUCCACGUGCCGUGUAUUGUAAAGAUGUCCUGGACAUAGAGCAGUUCUCAACAGUAAAAGGAGUCAACCUGGAUACUACAGAUGACGACUUCUAUUCCAAAUUUGUUACAGGCUGUGUCUCAAUCCCUUGGCAAAAUGAGAUGAUUGAAACAGGAUGCUUUGAAGAUAUCAAUGCGUGUGAAACUGAUGGUACUGUGUCACCAGACAGAGAGAGGUCUCCUAAACCAAAGAGAGGCUUCUUUCACCGACUUUUUAGUGGCGAGGUCUGCUUUAAAUCUGAUUGCAGUGAUGAUGAGCAGGAGUCCUCCAGACUUUAAAUCAUAUUGCUGUCAUCAGAAAGGAUGAGCAAACUUUAAAUGUUUUUUAUCUCUGUAGCAAAGUGUAUUAUAUAUAUUUUUUAUCUGAGUUCAAGGAUUUUUGUACAUUUGUACUUCAUUUGUUUUAAGAUGUAUAUUUUCACUAAAGCUUAAUUGUACAAAAA